AUGGCAUACCAGCCGGCACCCCUAUCUGUCCUCACUCUCAACUGCAGGGGACUGAACAUCCCAGAACGGAGAACCCACCUCCUACGUGAGCUUAGGAAACGACACGCAUCGGUUGCGAUGCUACAGGAGACACACUUUCGAUUUGGCGCAGCACCUACUCUCCGCAAUAAAUUCUACCCGACGAACCACUUCUGCAAUCACCCUACGGCAAGAAAAGCAGGUGUAGCCAUCUUACUAUCUGCGGACCUGGAGUUCCAAACGCUGGAUACCGUUACUGACACGCACGGCAGAUACCUUUUUCUGAAAGGGGUAAUAGCGGGUAAGCUAUAUACCUUUGCCAACAUUUAUGUCCCCAAUAAACGACAAGCAAUGUUUUUAAAGAGCACACUGGCAAAAUUGAACGACUUCUCGGAGGGCAUCCUAAUCCUCGGAGGCGACUUCAAUGUCCCACUGGACCCCAUUCUGGACUCCUCCACGGGGCACAGCAGCAUCUCACAAUUGCAUUUACGAGCAAUCCGGAGGAUUCUGGGCAAUAUGGACCUCGCCGAUUGUUGGAGAACGCUUAA